AUGGCCAUCACCGAGGUAUGGGAUGGUGUGGCUGAGGUGCACAUGGCUCUGAACAACCAGGCCACCGGGCUCCUGAACCUCAAGAAGGACAUCCGGGGCGUGCUGGCACAGAUGGAAGACAUUCAGCUGGAAAUUCUGGGGGAGCGUGCCCAGAGCCAUCCCCAGGCUAGCAAAGAAGAGCGGUUGGCAUGCACACACAAGUCAAAGCCACAGGUGGGCUGUUUGGAGGGCUUCAAAGGCCAGCUCCGGCUGCUGGCCUUGAGGCUGCUGCUGGGCGCCCUGCUGGCCUGCGUCACCGCCUACGUGUACGUGGUGGACCCGGUGCCCUUCGAGGGGCUGGUGCCACCCCUGCUGAGCCGCGCCACUGUCUGGAAGCUCCGGUCCCUGCUGGGCCCUUUCCUGCGCCUCGAGGUGGAUGACUUCCUGCCCUUCUAG